GUUUAGACAUAGUGGAGUAAUUAACAAGGUGAAUUUAUUUCGUUUAUUAUUUAGAAUUUAGAAUUGAGUUACAAAAAAACUCCCUAGUAAGUAUCCUUGUAUUCAACUUCUCUGUUGUCAUCUCCUCUGAAAGACCAAACCAAGAUGCAGGCAAAUGCUUUAUUAGGGACUAGUAGUCUUGAUAAGGGAAACCCUAAAGUCACCAUUUUCACAGCUCCAAGGCCCUUUCAUGGUGUGGUUGGGGAAAGACAGGAACUUGCUGUCAGAUCAUGGCUUGGCUUAUCACCUGACAUUGCCGUUGUGCUGUUCACCCAGCACCCUUCUGCUUCAUCUUUUGCCAUGUCUUUUGGCUCAAAGGUUGCGGUUCAGCCCGAUAUCGACUUCUCAUUCUUGGGCACACCAUACUUCCACUCUAUGAUGGCCUACUCAGAAGCAUCCCAAUCUGAUAUUUCUGUUCUAAUUCACCCCGAAUCUAUUCUCUUGCCCGACUUCAUUUCGACCAUAACACAUGCUCACAAACUUGACCAUGAAUGGCUCCUUUUUGCUCUGUCGCGUAACAUUUCCAACUUCCCAUUUCGUUUGGAUGAAGAUGGAAAGCAAUGGUUGACAGAUGAUGGCACACAUGUGAACAUUGAAAAGAUGCAGAGGUUUCUUUCAAAGGAACAAAACUGGAGCCUGUGUCAAGAACAGAUCCUAAUAGCAUGGAACAAUGCAGACAUUCCCUUGCACAAUGGGAUCCUCCCACCUUUUCUAUAUGGAAAGGGAUUCCACAACCUUUGGGUAAUCAACGAAGCGUUUAGAUCCGAUUUUCGGUUCGUAUUUGAUGCUAGCAAUGCCAUAUCCAGUCUAUACCUCCACCAACCUGACUUGGAGCACAAAAAGUUAAGUGCAGAUAGAACUUGGGAGUUUAUGGGGAAUUUCAUUCUUGCUACAAGUUAUGGGUCAUUGUAUUUCCAUGACACAAAACAUUCCAACUUCUUUGGAUUGUUUGAGUGUGAAGGGAAAUAUUUUUUCCUAAACACUGCAGAAAAGAUUGCAAUCCAUCUUAGCUCAAAAGAGCAAAAACUUUUUACAUGUAUUGUCACUUCUUUGGGUUCAGCAGAAGAAGGGUCCAAACACUUCCCUCUACCCGAUAACCUCAAUCGGGCAAUACCCAUUUCGCUUCGGGUACUAACGUUGGAGUCUUUGCUUUCCCUUUGUGCUGACAAGAAGAACAAGACGAUUGUCCUGGCGGUUGUUGGGUAUAACUAUAAGGACAUGCUUAUGAGUUGGGCUUGCCGGAUGCGACAUCUGAAAGUCUCAAACUUCUUGGUGUGUGCCCUUGACAAUGAAGUCUAUGACUUCUCCAUCUUGCAGGGACUUCCUGUGUUCAAGUACUCAUCAACUGAAACAAAAAUCAGCUAUGAUGAUUGCCACUUUGGGACAGAGUGCUUUAAAAGAGUAACCAAAAUGAAGUCCAGAAUGGUUCUGAAGAUACUGAAGAUGGGUUACAAUGUACUGAUGAGUGAUGUUGAUAUUUACUGGUUCAAGAACCCAUUGCCCUUUCUUAGCUCCUUUGGGCCUGCAGUUUUAGUGGCACAGUCUGAUGAGUACAAUCUUACUGGAGCAAUCAACUUGCCCGGGCGUCUAAACUCCGGUUUCUACUACGCCCAUUCGGACAAUGCCACCAUUGUCGCAUUCCAAAAGGUUGUGAUCCACGCAACAGCAUCCACCCUCUCCGAGCAGCCGAGCUUCUACGACACACUGUGUGGCGCAGGAGGGUCGAACCGCGUCGGAGAGGAUGGGUGCUUAGAGCCCACAACGAAGCUUCGCGUCCAUUUCCUGGACCGGGACCACUUCCCAAACGGCGGGCUGUGGGAGGAGGUGGGGAAUGCGAAAGAGGCUUGCGAGAUCAAGGGCUGCUUUGUGCUCCACAACAACUGGGUUAGCGGGAGGAGGAAGAAGAUGGAGCGACAGGACGGACUCGUCGGGUGCCUUUCUGAGGGCAUGGGCGGCGGCCUGCGCGUCUGUAGAGGCCGCCACUGUUUACGUGCCCCUGGAAAUUUCUUAAUGGGGAGUGUGGUUUUCCAAGGGCAAUGCAAGAGCAACGCCGUGACGUUUCAAAUCAACGGCGUUCUCGUGGCCCCUUCCGACUUCAAUGUGGUCGGGCGUGACGGGACUUGGAUCGAGUUCAUCGGCGUUUCCGGGGUUUCCCUCGUUGGCGGAACCCUAGACGGACGAGCUCCCGAAGAUAGCCCCAACACCGAUGGCAUUCAUGUCCAAUCAUCGUCUAACGUGAAGAUAUCUCGUUCUGUUAUCGGCACGGGGGACGACUGCAUCUCAAUCGGCCCGGGGAGCUCUAACUUGUCGCGGGCCAGGGCAUGGAAUCAGGUCAAACUCCCCACCUUCAUUGGGAGUCUAGGUUGGGAAAUGCAAGAGGAAGGUGUGGAGAAUGUGGUAGUGAGUGGGGCUUCAUUCUUUGGCACACAAAAUGGGUUUAGGAUCAAGACAUGGUCAAAGCCAAGCAAUGGGUUUGCUAGGAACAUCACUUUUGAGCAUGGAAUCAUGUCCAAUGUCAAAAACCCCAUCAUCAUUGACCAGAACUACUGCCCUAACUCCAAUGGUUGCCCUAACAAGGGUUCUGGUGUGAAAAUAAGUGAUAUAAGUUACCAAGACAUUCAUGGGACAUCAGCAACAGAAGUGGGCAUACAGUUGAACUGUAGCUCAAAGGAAUCAUGUGAAGACAUAACAUUAAACAAUGUUAAUUUGGGAUACCAAGAUGGAGCAGCCCAAAUGUCUUGUGCCAAUAAUGCCCAUGUCACCCUCUUGAACUCAUUAGUAAAGCCAUCAUCAUCAGGAUGCCUCAUCAAUGCCAUCAAGGGUUUUUGGAGACCUUGAAAUAACAGUAUGUAGGAAUAAUGUAAUAAUUGGCUUUAAUUAUA